AUGGUCGGCCCACGCAAUAAUAAGAGAGAGCCCGCACAGGCACCCAGUGAUCGAGGUGACAUAUCGCGCUCGAACACAAGAUCGCACUCCGUUGUGUCGCAAGGCCACAACGACUUCAGCGGCAGUCGCCCAAAUCCUCAACGUAAUCAGAACCUCUCGCCCGAUGACGUGUUCGCAUACAACCCCAACGUCCAACCAAAUGUGGCUCAAAUGUCAAGGAACGUGUCCUCGCCUAUGGGUCAACCGUAUUUCCCCACCAUGAGUCACAGCUUGGUAAAUCAGGCACCAAAGACUUAUCCUGUACCCAACCCUUCAAAACCACUACCACCACCCUACUCGAUCUCGUCGUUCGCUGAACUCGAAUUACCCACCGGCGCGGCUGUUGCAUCUUACCUAGAAGAAGUCAUAUGGCGACCGUCUACUGGCAACUAUGCUGUACCACAAAACGAGGCGGAGAAAUCGUAUUACGUCAAAAAGAUAUGUUUCGGACUCGUCAACCUCUCCAACCUAUGGGACACAGUGGCGGACGUAUAUCCCUACGCCGUCAAGUUCUCCAAAGAAGGUACAUGGUCUGAUCCGAGAGACAUCGAGGUAACCGCACACAUCAUCGUCAGCAACGCUAUGCGAAUCCAUAGAAUGGGUGUCACUGGCUUGGCGUUCCGCCGAUGCGAGGAGUUUGAGUCGCUGAACGCGGAGGAUAUGGAUUUUACUUUUCCACAGCGGAUACAUUACCUCGCGCGGCUGUUCUGGCAUUCGAAAGUCGCAGCCGAUAACGUCAUGUUGGGUAGGGAUGUGGCCAAGUACGUCGCUUUGCCGCUCACGUCCCUCCGCCAUCUACCGCAGUUUGAAGAAGAGUGGUCGACUAUGUCGGACCAGCAGCGCACGGUGCAGACCACGAUUCAUCCGUAUCCACAGGGUCUUAGACAUCCAACUUCUCAGGAGCAGGAACAAAUCUUGAAGCAUGUACGUAUGUUGCCGUCGCUUUUCAACAACUACAUGGCUACGGGUGGCCAGUCGGGUACGUUUAGUCCACGUCAAAUGCCACCCAGUGGAUCAGUAGCGCCCGGGAAGCGUCCAGCCGAGGGAGAUGGAGGAUACAAGAUGGAACCACCCGCUAAGCGCUAUCAUGACCGUGUGCAUUCUCGGGAUGGAAGUAGUUUUGAGAAGCACCAGUAUGAGGAAGGGUACCGCCCAGGUAGCACCAUGGGCACUAGAUCUACCACCCAAACUCUGGGUAGCGAUCGGACCAACGGUUGA